CAUCUCAUUUCUCUUACAUAUCUCUCGUUUCUCUCUUUCUCUCAUCCUCAAGCUCAAUUCUUGCGUCCAUGGCUGCUGCUUCAUCCUUUCUCACCAUCUCCUUCCUCCUACUGAUCACAUCCCACCACACAAACGCUCUGAAAUCACCCUUUCAUGCAAGGGACAUACUUCCUCUCUUGCCAAGACAAAUAUCGUGGCCAAUUCUCAAAUCAAUCGGAAGCCCUGUAGAUCUCCUCCCUGCUUUUGUAGGUUCAGCUUCUGCAACUUAUAACACUUCUCUUUACUGGAAAGGAACUUGCUUUGAUAAGAACAAAGCUUGGAUUGAAUUUCACAACAAGACUAAUAGUGAAUUCGGUGGAGGAACUCUUCACAUUGAGGUGGAUCAUGCAUCUAGUUGGACAUGUAUGGAUCUUUAUAUUUUCGCAACUCCAUAUCGAGUGACAUGGGAUUACUAUUUUCGUUCACGUGAUCAUACGAUGGAGUUCAUGGAAUGGGAAGGGAAAGCUGAGUAUGAAUAUGUGAAGCGCAAGGGGAUAUCAAUAUUUCUAAUGCAAGCUGGAAUGUUGGGUACACUUAAAGCAUUAUGGAAUGUAUUUCCCUUAUUCACAAACACAGGCUGGGGAGAGAAUUCGAACAUCGACUUUCUGGAGAACCAUAUGGGUGCAUCUUUUGAAAUCCGUCCUAAACCAUGGUCGGCAGAGAUUAACACCGACGAUAUUCAAUCGGGGGACCUCAUUGUUAUAUCGAAACUAAGAGGCAGAUGGGGAGGUUUCGAGACUUUGGAGAAAUGGGUCACUGGAGCUUAUGCAGGACAUUCUGUUGUUUGUUUAAGGGAUUUGGAAGGGAAACUUUGGAUUGGUGAAUCUGGACAUGAUCAUGACGAGGGACCAGAGACAAUUGAAAUAUUAACAUGGGAUGAUUGGUGGAUUUCUGUGACAACAGAAAAAUCUGAUCCUCAUGUUGCUUUGCUUCCUUUGAGUUCAAGUGUUCGUGCCAAGUUUAAUAACACGGCUGCUUGGCAGAGUGCUCUAACCAUGUCUGGUUCUCUUUAUGGUUACCAUAACAUGAUCUUUAGCUGGAUUGACACUGUUUCAAACAAUUAUCCUCCACCUUUGGAUGCUCAUGUGAUUGCUUCUGGAAUGACUGUCUGGACCAGACUACAGCCUGAUUACGCAGCUAACUUGUGGAACGAAGCCUUGAACUUGCGGCUAGGAACUAAGGAUCUGGAUCUUCCUCAUAUUAUAACUGAAGCAGUCAAAAGAGGGUCAUCUUUCGACGAGUUGUUGGCAAUUCCAGAACAAGAUGUUUGGAUCUAUAGUGACGGAAAGUCAGUAUCUUGCAUUGCUUUCAUUCUUGAAAUAUACAAAGCAGCUGGACUGUUUGGGCAGUUAUCUAGAUCCAUACAAGUUACAGAGUUCACGAUUAAAGAUGCUUAUAGUCUGGAUUUUUUCGAGAAGAAUUCAAGUAUGCUUCCAAAGUGGUGCAAUGAUGGUGAUACUGUGAAGAUGAUGUUUUGUCAAAUAUUGGGUCAGUACAGAAUGGAACUACCCGGAUAUAACUCAAUGCCUCCCUAUGCUCACAUGAACGAAAGGUGCCCGUCUCUACCCCCCACAUAUUAUAAACCUACCGGUUGCUGAGGGUGUAAAACGUAAAAAUACAAAGCUAUAACCACGAGAUUCAUAAGGCUUGUCGCUAUCCGUUCAAGAACAAGAACAUGAAUCCGAUUGUUUGAUAAUCUCUUUUGUUCAUGUGUUGUUUUAAUUAGGGUUUUUAUUCAUACUCAUCAUGAAAUAGGGCUAAGUCAUGUAACAUCAACAGUUUUUUUUUCAAUAUAUUGUCGAGAUGUUCAGCAGAAACAAGAAAAUCUACAUAUAAAAAUGACAAAAGAGACCUUGGUUGGAAACAAAUUAUAUUUUGAGACAGUGUCAU